AUGUUGGGCGAAACGAAGCAAACGCGAGAACGUCGUAUUACAAGUACACGUUUGCGACGUUUAACCCAAGCGUAUCUUACGCCUGCUAUCCAGUUUCAACCAAUGAUUAUUCGCACGGCGUACGAUAAAAUGGACAAUAUCUACUACAUUACCCAUAAACUUAUUCUGGAUCACCAAAGUGCCACUAGUGGGCUGUUUCCUAGAUAUUCAAAUUGCUGUGAAGUCGGCUUCGUCAAAGAUAGCAUUUAUUGUGCUUUGGCAUGUUGGGCAUCAUCCACUGCUUACAAACGACUGGAUGACGAUCGAGGAAGGCAAACAGAAUUGCGACAGUCAGCGGUGAAAACAAUGCGCGGAAUUAUGUUUUGUUGGAUGCAGCAACUUGAUAAUCUCAAUCACUUUAAAGAAAAUAAUUCGCCGGAGUUUGCUUUACAUUCUUGUUUCCACUUGCACACAGGCAUGGCUCUUAAAGAGUCCAAUAAUAAGAACUAUGGCCACUUGCAAAUGGAUCUUAUUGCUCUGUAUUUGCUGGCUCUCGUUCAAAUGACUGCAGCAGGUAUUCAGGUAAUCUUCACGCAUGAAGAAGUCUGCUUUGUUCAAAAUCUUGUUUUUUAUAUCGAGAGAACUUAUCGUACCCCAGAUUUUGGGAUGUGGGAAAAAGGAACAAGAUAUAAUGUUGGUGAACGAGAACUCCAUGCUAGUAGUCUUGGUAUGGUCAAGGCUGCACUGGAAGCAAUAAAUGGCUUUAAUGUUUAUGGGGCGAACGGAACUAGUUCAUCUGUAAUAUAUGUUGAUAUCGACGGUCACAACAGGAAUCGUACUACCUUUGAAACUAUUUUGCCUAGAGAAAGCAGUUCAAAAAAUACCGAUGCUGCACUAUUGCCAUCUAUAGGCUGGCCAGCUUUUGCUACACAUGAUCCUGAACUGUAUGAAAAGACAUUUGAUAAAUGUAUUCGACGUUUAGAAGGACGAUAUGGGCUUAAGAGGUUUCUCCGAGAUGGUUAUCGUACUGAACUAGAAGAUACUUCAAGGCCAUAUUAUGAUGAGCACGAAACAUCACGUUUUCAAAAUAUCGAGUGUCAAUUUCCAGUUUUUUUCUCAUAUAUUACAAUUACUGCUCAUCUUCGUGGAGAGCGCGAUUUAUCUGAUCGUUAUUGGGAAAAAGCCAAGGAAGUGCUCGUUCCAAGCGGGGAAAUGUCGUAUUUGGUGACACCCGAAUGCUAUUUCAUUGAUGAAGAACAUAUGGGUGCCGAGAAAGAGAAACCGAAUUCUCAGGAUUUUCAUCCAGUCAAUACUUGGGAGUCAGGUCAUCAUCUUUGGUCCAGUGCCAUCUAUUUAAUAGCUUUACUUUUAAAAGAAGAGUACAUUCAUUCGACUGAUAUCGAUCCGAUUUAUCGACAUCUUCCUGCUAGCCAGAGACCGAAGUAUCAAAAUCGUCAUUCAGUUUUUCAGGGUAGUAUGGAAGGCAAUCCAGUGGUGCAGAUUGUUUUGAUCGCUGAAUCAAGUCGCUUGCAAAUGAUGCUUUCAACAUAUGGUAUUAGCACUCAAACCUCUCAUGAUUUGGAACCUAUUCAAAUUUGGCCGAGCUGGAAAAUGGUGAAGGUAUUUGAGUCAUUAGGAAAAAAUGAAAAAUUGGGGUUGAGUGGUCGACCACCACGGCCUUUUGGUGUUCUGGACACGAGCAAAAUUUUCAAGCGUUUUGGAGAUACUAUUCUUUGCUAUCCACUAUUAUUCGAAGUGAAGGAUUUUUAUAUCAAUUCAGAUCCAGCUGUUUUAAUUAAUGAAAUAAAGCUGAAUUUGGAAUUUAUGUCUAAAAGAUGGAAACUUACUGGACGACCUACAUUUUGUAUGGUUUUACGUGAGGAGAAUAUGAGUGGUGAAUAUUUCAAUCAUAUGUUGGAUCUCCUAAUCUCUUUGAAAAAUGGCUAUGUUAGUGGAGUUCGAGUUCGUGUUGGUAGAGUUCAUCAACUUCUGAAUUCUGGUUGUAUGGAGCACGUUGAUUUCGCUACUGAUGAUGAUGAUUUUGAUGAUUUCGAAGAACUUGGUGAUUCAGAUUCUCAAGGAAUAUCACGAGUUUCCAUCAGAGAAGUUGUUGAAGAAGAUAUGGAAUUUACUGAGCACGAGUAUGGAUGUAAAUCAGAUAAUGAAUUAUAUGAAAUUAUUAAGAAGCAUAGUAUUGACUCGCUGCGUAAAGUAGCAUUUUCUAUAGCAGUACUUUCUCGCCGAUACGGAAUGGGGUAUAUCAUAGAUGGAGAAAAUCUAGAAUUACGUAUGGAAAGGGUUUAUCGUCAAGCAUGUGCUUUAAGACUUUGGUGGAUAGUUCGAUAUUGUGCUGCGAAACUGCACAAAGUGAUGAAUUCAUUGGCACCUGGCAUAACAAAUAUGCUAGUUAGAGGAAAACAG